GAACCGACAUCUGAGACAUCGGGACAACCGGGCGGAGGAACCGUUCGUUGACAAUGUUGUGCCGUCGCAUGCGACUGACCGAGCGCCAUCUUCAACCACCGAGAGAACCACUGGCAGGACCGAUAGUUCGACCAUGUACAGCAAGGAAACUGAUGAACCUGGACACAGCCACCAGCAAUACCAUCUCCAACGCGAACACGACCACCACGACCACCGGCAGCAACAACGUCGGCAGCAGCUCCGCUCACACAAUCAUCACUAUUCCUACGGGCGACGAAGCCGGGACGCAUUGUGAGGGACAACCGUUUUCACCACGUGGGAGGAAACCGACCGAAGGGCCCAAAACGCCUCUGAUGAUUGUUAAUUUGAACAUCCCGCCCGGUACGGAAACACUCGCGCCGAAAAGCGCAUCCCGCUCGGAGCGCCACAAACUGCCCCACUUCUGCAUGCAGUAUCGUAACUUCGGAAGAUACUGCUCGGCACCACCGGGAUGUACAUCGGGACACGGGUCCGCCGUUCCGACCGGUGUGAUCGGGACAUCAGGCUCACCCGGCAGUGGUCUCAUUCCGCAGAUAUUCAUCCAAAGUUUCGAGCUGCAGGAUCGCCGAGCGGCGGACGGACCGGCUGGAGCGGCCGAACACGAUCAGCAGCAGGGAAGCCAACAGUACAACAUUAUUACCGAGAACGACGAGGAUACGUUUGCGACGCUACUGUUGGACAACAUCUCAAACAUUUCGCUCGAGAUGAUACAGCGCCACCAGCAGAAGUUGCUCGGUACGACCGCGUCCUCCAUUACCGAGAGUCCACACGUCACGGGAGCUACGGGUGGUAGUGCGACCUGUUUCCAGCACGUCGAGGGCUGUAGCAGCAUGGAGCGAACGGAGAGCAAAACCUCUACCGACGUUUUAUUGCCCUUGGAUGGAAGGAUGGAUUCGCAUGAGGAGCGUGACCGGCAGCCAAGCAGAGGCCAGUCAGCAUCCGGUCCUUCCGCCGAUCGGUUGGCAGUUACGCAGGAAAGUAUGGACGAUCAGAAUCCAGACAUUCCUGCAGGUUAUAGGUCACUCUGCUACCGGACCCCAAGUCCCAAGACGCGUCAGAUCAUAAGAGUGGACAUUGUUACCAGCAGGGAGAAGUACUGAAGAUUUGCCUAGAGUAGCUGACAUCGUUGGUGAUUGCUUUAAUCGUUGGAAGAUGCGAAAAAUAAUAAAUAAACCUCGUU